UGUACAUCAGCACAACUGGCCAAUAGGCAACAAUGCAAAAAUGUUCUCUGUUUUAUGAAUGAGUACAGACUGUGUGAUUUUGCUGUUUCACUUGAUUUAUUUGAAAUUAUGUUCAAGUGGUAAAUAAGUUAAAAAUCGUAUGCAAAUUGUUUAUAGACCUGGAGAGUUUGGAAAUUUAUCAGAAUCAAUGUUAUUUUAAGAUUUUUCUUUUUGCAAACACCCUCCAUUCUUCUGAAGUCUUCUGAUGUCUUUUUGCUUGUAAAUGUGAUAUUGUAAAUGCAGAGCUUCAGAGCUUGUUAAAUAGUUUUUUUAUUCACACUUUGAGAAACUGAAAGGAUGGACAACGUGGAUAACACAUCAUAUGUCUUACAGCUUAAAGGCUAUGAUCUCCCUCAGGAAGGCGUCUUCCCUGCAUUCCUUUUUGCAACCCUGAACUACAUGAUCAUCCUCUUCUGUAACCUUACUAUUAUCUUCACCAUUGUGAUGAACAAAUCUUUGCACCAGCCAAUGCAUCUGUUCUUGGUGAAUCUUCCCAUCAAUGACCUGAUAGGUUCUUCAGCUCUCUUUCCACACCUCAUUAAGGAGAUACUGACAAACAGCAGAAGGAUUCAGUUCUCAGCUUGCAUUAUCCAAGCCUUUUUUAUCCAUAUCUAUGCAGCCGGUUCAGUGUUCAUCCUGACUGCAAUGGCCUAUGACAGAUACAUCGCCAUUUGUUACCCUUUGCGUUACAACACUGUAAUGACUAAUGCUCACAUUAUGAAAAUAAUCAUAUUAGUUUGGUCUUCUUGUGUGGUUUUAAUAGCUGUGCUCUUUAUUCUUCUUUUGCGUUUGUACCGCUGUAGAUCUGAAAUAACUCACUCCUACUGUGACAAUCCAAGUUUGUUAACUUUGGUAUGUGAAGAUACAACCAUUAAUAACAUUUAUGGUCUUUUUAUAAGCGCUUUUACACAAGUGAUAGCUAAUGGCCUGGUUUUUUAUACAUAUCUUCGCAUCCUUAUUGCGUGCUUUAGAUCCAGACAGUCAGACACCAAAGCGAAAGCUCUGCAGACAUGUGCCACACAUCUUUUUGUUUUCCUGCUGUUUGAAUGCUUGGGCCUCUUUACAAUCAUAUCUUACAGACUGCAGAAUAUUUCACCACAUUUAAGAAGAUUUAUGGGAGUGUCGACAUUAAUCUUCCCCCCAACAUUAAAUCCAAUAAUUUAUGGACUGAAAACAAAAGAAAUUCAUGAAAAAGUGCUUAACUUUUUCAAGAAUAAACUGAUUCUUUCUGAAUAGCUUACUUAAACUGUGGCUAAUGCAAACUGCUUUAUUUGUUGUGUGGACUUGCAUUUAAUCAGUUUUUGUAAUGUUUAAAACCCUGCAGGGAAUGUUUUCUUCUUUAUGUGAUCAUUGUAAAAUAGAGCCACAAGAUAUAUAGAGCAUUUUAGAAACAUUUCAGUUUGUAUGUGAUUUUUUAAAAAUUUAUUGUGAGUAAUUCAGUUCAUAAAUUUACUUUAAGUUGAAUCCAUCUAGGCUUGUAUCCUAGUGAAGUUUGUUGUAACAAUGUUAGUCCAUUAAUUUACUUUUUUUGUUAUAGUGUGCAGCUUUCCAAAAUCUCUGUAUGAGGUAAUGUCAUUAUUGCGUGAUACUUUGCUUUUCCCAGAACAAUAUAAUUGGGAUUGCAAUUAAAAUGUUUUCAUCAUCCUA